AUGGUGGAGCAGCAAGUGAGGAAGCUGUGGGAAGGACAUCCAGAGCUGAAGGGGGAAGAAAUGGGAAAAGAAGCCGUGAGAGGACCCGAGGCGGAUGUGAGGAGCAUACCAGCAGAGGCGGCGUGUAACCAGGGGCAAGGUGACCUAUGGGUCGCUCGAUGGGAAGGUCCGGUGAGGGACCCGGCCAAGAAGCAGGAAGAAGCAGCGAGGGAGAGCAAGGAAGAGGGGGCGUGGGAGUGCCUGACAAUAGGAGAAGGACUGGAGCAUACAGUGGGAGAUGCAAUGAGUAAGAAAGAACAAAAGGCCGUGAAGACAGUAAAGGGGAUUAAGGGAGAGACAUGGGAAGAUGAGUCGAUGGAGCCAGCAACACAGCUGUCUCGCCUCCUCUCCCUCACUCUCUCUCUCGCCCCCUGGGCCGCCUCCUCUCUCCUCCGCUCCACACAAUCCCUCCUGGAGGGGGGAAGCGGCCACAGAGGGGGGGACGACUGGGAAGAGGCGGAGGAGGAGGAGCGGGAGGAGAAAGAAGUUACGGAGGAGAGAGAGGAGUACAUGCGGAGGGAGGGGUGGCAGGAGAAAGGAGCAUAUAAGAGAAGCAGAGUUGGAGCGGGAAUGUGGAGCAGUAGUAGCAACAGCAGCAGUGGUGACAGGAUGAGCAGUGAGACAUUCAACCCCUACUCCUCCUCCCCACCAUCCCCACCAGCCCCACCCUCCUCGCCCUCCGCAGCCUCUGCUCUCGCGUCCAAGCUGCUCCACCUGCUGCUCACUGAUGCACGCAUAUCCGCCGCACUGCUGGCACCACUGCAGUCGGUGCUGCUCGUGCUGCCAGGCAGGGGCUCUGUGGGGGGCUCCCAGAGUUACUGUGGUUCAGAGCAGCAGGCGGCGCUGCACCGGGGUCUGGAGCUGCUCACCCUCUGCAUUCGCCUCAAGCCCUUCUGCCAUGCAGCAGCUGCUGCUGUGAGUUGA